GAUCUCCUUCCUUCACUCAUGUCUGCAACAAUCCGGUUGUUUUUGAACGAGAGCUGCAGAUUUAACCCUUUAAAGGCCUCGCCAGGUUAGGGUUAGGGUUAGACGGCUCCGGCCUCACCAUGCUGGCGACGGGAGCGGCGGUGAGCUCUGCUCUGGCCCAGGUGGACCGGGAGAAAAUCUACCUGUGGAUCAACGAGCUGUCGGGGCCGGAGACGAGAGAGAACGCUCUGCUGGAACUCAGCAAGAAACGGGAGAGUGUUCCGGACCUGGCGCCCAUGCUGUGGCACUCGUGUGGAACCAUCGCCGCGCUGCUGCAGGAGAUCGUCAACAUCUACCCGUCCAUCACUCCCCCCACUCUGACGGCCCACCAGUCCAACCGGGUCUGCAACGCCCUGGCCCUGCUGCAGUGUGUAGCCUCACACCCCGAGACCAGGUCGGCGUUCCUGUCGGCCCACAUCCCUCUCUUCCUCUACCCGUUCCUGCACACGGUCAGCAAGACCCGGCCCUUCGAGUACCUGAGACUCACCAGCCUGGGCGUCAUCGGGGCCCUGGUGAAGACGGAUGAGCAGGAGGUGAUCAACUUCCUGUUAACCACCGAGAUCAUCCCUCUGUGUCUGAGGAUCAUGGAGUCCGGCAGCGAGCUGUCCAAGACGGUGGCCACCUUCAUCCUGCAGAAGAUCCUGCUGGACGACACGGGCCUGGCUUAUAUCUGCCAGACCUACGAACGCUUCUCCCACGUGGCCAUGAUUCUGGGGAAGAUGGUGCUCCAACUCUCCAAGGAGCCGUCGGCUCGGCUGCUCAAACACGUGGUUCGCUGUUACCUCCGUCUGUCCGACAACUCCAGGGCCCGUGAAGCUCUGCGUCAGUGUCUCCCGGACCAGCUGAAAGACUCCACGUUUGAGACGGUUCUGAAGGACGACGGAACCACCAAGCGCUGGCUGGCCCAGCUGGUGAAGAACCUGCAGGAGGUUCCGGUGACCGACCCGAGGGGGGUGGUGCUGCCGGGCCAGUGACCCGGUACCAGGACCGGGACCGACCCGAGGGGGGUGGUGCUGCCGGGCCAGUGACCCGGUACCGGC